AUGUCGAUCCUGUGGGAGAAGAGUGCGGGAUGGUGGUGGCUGGUGCAGUGGACACGAGACUUGAAGCCCUUCUUCUUCACCUUCGUGGCGCUAUGCGGCAUUGUCCCUGACGUGACCAGCUACGCUGUGAUGCAGUUCACCAGCUCCCGCAAUGAGCAGCUCGAGGCCCACCUCUGCUCCACUGCCCACCCUGAGACCAAGAUGCGUUGCAUGAUGGGGCAAGUGAACAGGGAGAGAUUGGCAGAGCUUCUUGGUGAACUGCAAAGGAAAGAAGACACGAAUGAUAGAUAUGUUGCUGCUUUGAAAGGGGAAACACUGACUAGGAAACGUUAUGAUCGUAUUCAACCUGUCAACGUGCCAGCUACCCAGGAGGAUGCCAAGGCAAACACCCAGGAGAAUGCCAAGGCAAAGUGA